AUGUCUGGGUAUUCGGUCAUGAGUCUCGUGUCUACCAUUAUUGGUUUCGUUUCCUUUGGGCUGACGAUUCUUAUUUGGCUUCACUCGUUCUGGAACGCUUUCCAAACGGUCCUCGGCGCCCGGAGCCAGAUCCAGGACGAGCUGUCCCUCUUGAGACAGCGGCUCUACGAGGAGGCCGAGUACCUGCGGAUGCUGCGGCGGCGCGAACGGCCGUCGUCGGAGAGACACCGCAGCGAGGACAAGUACCGCGAUGAUAGAUACCGCAGCGGCGACGAAAAGGGCGGUGGCGGCGGCCACGAGCGUGUCCGGCCCAAGAAGGACAUUUAUCACGACGGAGGCCCGAUCCGGGUCCUCUGGGACGCCGUCAAGGACCUCAUCAAGGACUUUAAAAUGUACGAACGGCCCUUUCUCGUCAUCCCCGGCCACACGGACACGGAAAAGGGUGAAAAGGAGCUCGAGUGGAGCUACGGCGCGCUUCGGCAGAACUACCAGUGCGACUUGCCCCAGCGGCUCAUCUGGCUCAAGUAUCGGCAUCACGUCACCGAUGUGUCGACGAGGUUGGAAAAGAUCCAGACGCACCGCGCCGCGAUCGAGGCCACGCGGGGCCGGCUGCUCAUCACCGAUACUAUGGGCCUGAUGCGAGAGUGUCACGAGCGGGUCAUGGAUGUGGAAGACCGGGUGCGGGUGAUCGAGGAUCGAGUGCUGGGAGUUCGAAUUGUAAGGGGUUUGUGA